CGUGCCGCCAAUGCAUAUAUCCGGAUCCAAGGACGACGACGAGGACGGGGACGAAACAAGCUAAAUGACGAGGUCCCAGUCUGCCAAGUUUGGCCACCUUGAAUUAGUCUUUAGAGGUCUGGGCGUCUCUUGGGCAAUGCAGACACUGAGAGAAAUGUUAGCAAUGUGCGACAGAUGUCUGAAAACCAAAUACCAAAGAGUGGAGAACGUGUGAGUAGAAGUAAGGAGCAAGGAAUGGUCUAGUACGAAAUUGUGCGUGUGAGCAUGUUUUGCUUAAUAUUCGUGUAGAUUGUGGACCAUGUUCUGAUCGUAUUUUUGGUACCAAAUACAGUAGGCCGACCCGUUGCUACCAGUUAAUCCGGAAGGUAUAAACUUGGAUUUUUGAAUAAGUUGGCUUUGUAGGGCAGCAUAAUCCAACAAGUGUUUUGGGGCUCUUCGUUAUGCGAAACGAAUGUAUAUUAGAAACAAACAACUCACAACGUAACUAGUGUCACUAUUUCAAGAGGCAAGCUAACAUAUAAUCGUACCUGGAAUAGCAACGAACAGGAUGUCGUCUGGAGGCUUUACCUUAAAGUUGACCCAUCCACCCCCGUUGGAAGCUGUGUCCCAACUGAAGUGCGCUUUUGAGGCGGGGGCCAACGGCAAUCCCUCCGUUGGACUCAAGGCUUCUGAUGGCGUCGUGGUUGCCACAGGAAACAGGCUAGGGGUAUUCUAUGAGGCCCACAUUCCGCACUUUGUGACUGUGAUUGACAAGCAUAUUGGUGCCGCGUUUUCCGGACUGUGUCCCGACUAUCGCCUCCUCGUGAAGAGGGCCAAUCAAACGGCGAGUGACUAUCGUUACGCUCACAAGGAGCUGAUUGGAGUGCCGCAGCUGGUGAAUGGCGUUGGCGCCUUCAUGCUGAAGUACAUCCAGCCCGGGGGCGCUCGCCCUUUUGGUGCGUCCAUGUUGAUCUGCGGCUCGCACCAAGAGGAUUACUAUCUCUAUCAGUUGAACCCCUCGGGCGUCUGCGUACCCCUGCAGGCCGUUGCACAGGGCGUCAACGCAAAAGAAUGCAACAUACAUACAAACAACAUACAUACAAAGCUGAUUUAAAGAUAGAGGACGCCGCUCCACUAGCAGUUCGCUGUCUGAAGAAAGCCUUCGGGAAUACCCUGACUGGCGUCACCGUUGAGAUCGGGAUUUGUAUGGCGAGUAGAUUCCAAGUUCAGGACCCAGCGACCGUCGCUGAACUUAUGGCCAAAUUGGCCUAAACCUUCAACACGCUACAUAGGAUAGCCACUCCAGCUAUCUCUCUCACUCUGUUACAAGUACAUAAUACAUUCCUUAAUUGGAAGGCACUCCACUAUUUCCUUCAACGCAACAAAACCACGAAAUGUACCAGGGCGCACAAUAGAAUACCAGAGCUCGCGAAGAGAUCGUAGAAUAUCAGUGUUCGAAUGUUCCUCCUUAUGCCGCCCAUUUUCCCCGGACGGGAGUGGGGGCGGAAGAGCGAGGGCAGUGAAGAGCGUAGACAGCCAAAUGCCGCAAUCAAGUUAUUAUUAAGUUUUUCUAUUUAUCCAACAUAAUUCAUAAUUUGUUUACAAAGCGUAUAAU